AGUCGACAACUCAUAAUCGAAGUCGACCACUCAUAAUCGAAUUCCUCUGGGUUUCUCGACAACAAUUGAACACCAUCGUCAUCCUACAUAGUUAAAAUACACACACAACACAAACCUCUGCCUCUGCUUUACUUUGCUUCUCUCCACAGUGACUCACUCACACACCUAAAACGAUUCUUUUCACACCCCCAACAACAAGAUUAUUGAUGGGUAUACUGUACGACGACGUAGUGAUCAUAAGCCCGCCAGAAAAAGAUGGCGACCCAACUCUCCUCACUGUCAAUUGCCCCGACAAAACCGGUCUGGGUUGCGAUUUGUGUCGCAUCAUACUGUUCUUCGGCCUCAACAUACUCAGAGGAGAUGUGUCGACGGAUGGGAAAUGGUGCUACAUAGUUUUCUGGGUGGUUGGGAAACAGAGGACGAGGUGGAGUUUGUUGAAGAAGAGGCUCAUUGAGGCGUGCCCUUCUUUCUCCUCUGCCUCUGGAAUCUCUUAUUAUCGAUCUGACCUGCAGCCGUCGAAGCCUUCUGAUGUCUUUCUUUUGAAUUUCUGUUGUCACGAUCGGAAGGGCCUGUUGCAUGAUGUUACUGAGGUUCUUUGUGAGCUAGAACUUACUAUAAAGAAAGUGAAGGUAUCUACUACACCUGAUGGCAAAGUGAUAGAUCUGUUUUUCAUCACAGAUACCAGGGAACUUCUACAUACAAAGAAGCGAAAGGACGAAACAAUUGAAUACUUAACCGAGAUUAUGGGAGAUGCCAUCAUUUCUAUUGACAUUGAAUUGGUUGGCCCUGAAAUUACAGCUUGUUCCCAGGCUCCUCCAUUCCUUCCAACUGCAAUCACAGAAGAUGUCUUUGAUUUGGAAUUGCCUGAUUUGGCUCGAGGUGGAACUCUCAGAUCAGAUUAUGUUUCUAUCACGAUGGACAACUUGCUUAGUCCUGCUCACACUCUUGUCCAAAUUAUGUGCCAGGACCACAAAGGUCUUCUUUAUGACAUCAUGAGAACUCUGAAGGACUAUAACAUUCAGAUUUCUUAUGGGCGUUUCACUGCAAAACCUAGAGGAAAAUGUGAGAUUGACUUGUUCAUCAUGCAAGCAGAUGGCAAGAAGAUAGUUGACCCCAACAAGCAGAAUUCUUUGUCAUCACGCCUUAGAAUGGAAUUACUUCGACCACUCAGAGUAGCCAUUGUGAGUAGGGGCCCUGAUACCGAGCUUUUGGUAUCAAAUCCGGUGGAAUUAUCUGGCAAGGGCCGGCCUCUUGUUUUUUAUGAUAUCACUCUUGCUCUCAAAAUGCUUGACACUUGCAUCUUUUUGGCUAAAAUUGGGAGACACUUGAUCGGAGAUCGUGAGUGGGAGGUAUAUAGAAUCUUGCUUGAUGAAGGGGAGGGGUUAUCUGUUCCACGGAACAAGGUUGAGGAGGGAGUUUGGAAAAUGCUGAUGGGUUGGGAGUAAUGCAUGGUUGCUAUCAUGGCAUCAUACCCUUUAGGUGAACCUCUCUACCUGUGUACAGAUAACAUGGUCUAAUAUCAUAUAGUUUACUGUUAUUAGGAGUAAUUGUGAAAUAUGUAGUGUGCAAAAAUGGUAGUCUUUGCCACGCUAUACUUUUGAGCUUUUGUAAUUCUAACUUAAUGUAUAUAAAUGAGAAAGCAGUAACAAGUAGAACAUUAUGGAGGAGGGGGGUUUUGCUUAGAGCUUUUUUUUACUAUAAAUGAAAUGAAAUAUUGUAAAGUGAUUAGUAUAACCACUUCUUUCCUGUUCCGGUAGCAAUAAUAAACCUCUAACCUUAACUUCA